CCUUAUGCAAUGAGGAAUAAAAUUGAAAAUGAGCUAAGUAGAUUGGAAUCUAAUGGCAUCAUAAAGAAGGUAGACUAUUCCGAUUGGGCAACGCCCAUUGUGCCAGUGUUAAAGAAGGAUGGUUCUGUAAGAAUUUGUGGAGACUAUAAAGCUACACUGAAUAAGCAAAUAGAGCUAAAUAGGUACCCUAUUCCUAACAUUGAGGAAAUUUCUUUGAAUUUGGCAGGAGGAGACAAAUUCACUGAAUUAGACUUUAGUCAUGCUUACACUCAACUAGAACUGCAUCCAGAUUCAAAAGUCUAUACGACAAUAAACACACAUAAAGGACUCUACCAAUAUGAAAGACUAUGUUUUGGUAUAUCAUCCAGCCCUGGAAUUUUCCAAGCUGUCAUGGACAGUAUUUUUAAGGAUAUUCCAAAUGUUUGUGUUUACUUUGACAAUGUGUACAUAACUGGUAAGAAUGACACUGAACAUCUUAAAACACUUGAUAAAGUCUUGAAAAUAGUUGGUGAAAAAGGUUUAAAGAUAAACAAAGAUAAAUGUCAAUUCAUGCUGACAGAAAUUAGUUUUCUUGGUUAUAUAUUAAGCAAGCAAGGUAUCAGACCUCAACCUGAGAAAACAAAAACCAUUAAAGAAGCACCCAAACCUGAAAAUACCCAACAACUAAGAGCUUUUUUGGGCUUGACCAUCUUGUAA